GUCUCCUCCGCCUUAUACCUUACUUUCUUACCUACCUACCAACAACCCAUUGAUGCUCUAUGCUAUGAUAUAACCACCCCCAUACUUUCCCCCACCUACCAUUCACUUACUGACUCACUUCCCCAACUGCUUCCACUUAACGCAACACAACCCACACAAUCCAUACACAGGACACCUUCACCAAACCCACCACAAAACCAACCUCAACCCAACCCAAAGAAUAAUCUCUUCCCCCCCAAAGAAAAGGAAUACCUAAGAAAACGAAUACCCAAAGAAAUACCAAAGGAAGUCCCAAAAUGAAACCCAAAUCCCGCACCCAGCCAACCCAAAAAACCACCCUCCUCUUACUGAGCGACACCCACAGCCUCACCCCGCUCCCCCGCCCCGAAAGCGACCAAGACACCUCCUUCCUAGCGCCGCUACCGGAAUCCGAGAUCCUCAUCCACGCCGGGGACCUGACAAAAGUCUCCCGACGACACGAGCACCUCACGACGCUCGCGUGGCUGAAAUCCCAUCCCGCGCGGCUAAAGCUGGUCAUCCCGGGGAACCACGACAUCACGUUCGACGAGCCGUACUACCACGAGCUGGGCCAUCAUCGGCACCGGAAUCGGACGGAUCAUACGGCGCCCUCGGCGAUGGCGUCCUCCGCGGGGAAUAUCUCCAGCGGGAAGGAGGAGCCGGGGGUUUUGGAGGAUCCCGCGGAGAUUCGGGGGUUGUAUACUUCUCCGGAGGCUUAUGAUGCUGGGGUGCGGUUGCUGGGGGAGGGGGUUCAUUCUUUUGAGAUUCCUGGGGAUGGUGAGGGCAAGGGGAAGGGGAAGAGGAGGUUCAGGGUUUAUGCUAGUAGUUGGACGCCUGAGUUCUGUCAGUGGGCGUUUGGGUAUGAGAGGGGUGUGGAUCGGUUUAAUCCUUCUCCUUCUUCUGCUUCUGCUUCUGCUUCUGGUUCUGGAGGGGGGGAUAGGGAGAAGCAGGAUGGGAAGGAGGCGAAUGCGCAUACAGAUACACAUGCAGAUACACAUGCGCAGACGCAGACGCAGACGCAGACGCAGACGCAGAGCAACGAACAUCAACCUGCGUCCCACGAACACUCCCAACACAACACCAACACCACCAACCAGAACCAAAACCAACCCAACGAAACCUCCGCCGAAACCCGCGAGCGCACCCGCCCGCACGGCAGCACAGGCUCGCGGGGCGAAGGCGCGCGGGGCGCGAUCGCCGCCAACUCCGCGCGAGGGUUCGUGGCGCCGCACCCGAUCCCAGACGACGAGGACAUCGACAUUGUGAUCACGCAUGGGCCGCCGUACGGGAUCCUGGACCAGGUGGUGCCGAACCACGUGAGCGUGGGGUGCGAGCACCUGUACCGCGCGGUGAAGCGGGCGCGGCCGCGGCUGCAUGUGUUCGGGCACAUCCACGAGGGGUACGGGGCGAUGCGGCGCGAGUGGAGCACGGGCAGCGACUCGAUGAUCCAGUGCGAUGCGCAGCAGAUGCGGGCGGAGCACUGCGCGCGCGUGGACGUCAGCCGGGGGAGCGCGAUGCCGUUGAAUCCGGGGCAGGAGACGCUGUUUGUCAAUGCGUGCGUGGUGAACGUGCAGUAUCAUCCUAUCAAUGCGCCUUGGCUGGUGGAUCUUGAGUUGCCUGUUAUUGAGGAGGGUCCCAAGUGAGAGUGAGAGUGGUUUACUGUGCUUUGCUUUUUGCGUUUCUGUUAUAUAUCCACUUUGCUGUGCUUGUGUCUAUAUGAAGUAUGAGACUGCUGUUGACUUGGUCAAGACUGCGGUUGCCAGGAAGCUGAAAGGAAGGGGGUACCGGGGGUUCUCCCCCGGAUACACUCAUUCUCUGGUCUUAGGAUUGAGGUAGACCAGGGAGCUGAAAGGAAGGGGGGACCGGGGGUUCUCCCCCGGGACGCACACUCUGCUCUGCUGUGUCU